AUUAGUAAAGAUACUGUUGGAGCGGCGGCUCUUCUCUCAGUCGCUAGGUUUGUGUGGUUGGGCAGCCCCAGCAGUCUCCACUCGAGCUCAGUCAGCGACCUUUCAGUGCGCUGACUGGAGCCACAGAUUCAGCUUUCCUUUUUUUUUUUUUUUUUUUUUUUGCACUUCAAAUGGAGGAGCAGUCCAAUGUGCAGGAGCUGCACUGCCACUAUGGAGAAGAGAAAAUCCACGGCCGCCCCCAAAAAACCCUGAAACAUGAACAAAACCAUUGCCAGUACCAGCGCCAGGAAACGCACACGAAGAAAACAGGAAAUGGAAAACUAAACUGUAGCACUGGAGAGAGAGACAAGGUUGUUAAACUUCAGGACUCCAGCAGCCUGCUCUCCUCUGGCGUAGGAAAUGGUAACACACAUCGCCUCGACACUACCUUGAAACCCAAACAGACCGCUCCAGCAGUCCGGGUCAGCUCCCUGCACCUCAAAGUGGGAAGCAAAGCCAACUGCAAUCAUAAAAACAGUAUGGACAGAAAGAAUGACAAGCCCUCUGAGAGCAAGCCUCGGGGGGGCAAAGCCGUGGACAAGAGAGAGGCGGUGUCCCUUCUGAACGGAGUGGUGGCUCUCAAUUCCGGUUGCAUUACAAACGGUUACCCCGGCAAGCCUGCCGCGGACAACGAUGGCAGCGGAUCGGAGACCGGCUACACCACGCCCAAGAAACGGAAAGCGAGGCGUAACAGCGCCAAAGGCUUGGAGAACAUGACCCUGCCGCUGGACAGAACCAUGCAGCAGGAGGAGGAGGAGGAGGAGGAGGAGGAGGAGGAGGAGGGCGGCGGCCUUCAUACAAAACGAGAAUCUGAACUGUGUAAACCAGAGUGCGUUGAGAAAGCGGACAGGUGGCUGGAGGCCAGUGGCAGGGCAGUGAGAGCCAAGCCAGCGACAGCAAUGGCUGAGAUUCAGAGGAAGAACUCGGACGCUAAACUCCCUGCUGCUGCUGCUGCUAAAAAGCUGGAGGACAGGCCGAACAAAACCAGGCCUUCCGUGGCAACUAAAGACGACUCGUGGACCUUAUUCAAGCCGCCCCCAGUCUUUCCUGUGGACAACAGCAGCGCCAAAAUUGUUCCCAAGAUAAGUUAUGCAAGCAAAGUUAAAGAGAACCUCAACAAGGCAGCUGGGGAGGCAUUCCUCACGCACGUCCCUGGAAGACUGGCCCAAGUUCCCAUGUCCGCUAUGAAAGCCGUCGCUUCGGCCGGUUUUACCAACGGCCCGCUCUCCAGAGAUGGGCCUCUGCUUCAUUUUUUAAGCACCGCUGCUAGUACCCUAACGACCUCCUUCCCAGGGGGAGGGAGUGUAUCGUUGUCCCCCGACAGCAGCAGCACCCCUCCUUCCACUGCCACUGGCGAACAAAAGAAACCCAGCCUUUUCAUCUAUCCUUCAAAUAUGCAACCCGUGCUUCCCGGCGUGAGCCCGGGGGACCUGCCUGCCUCCGCACAGACAAAUCAACAAAACCUGGGGGACAUUUUCCAGAACCAGUGGGGGUUAUCCUUCAUCAACGAGCCGAGCUCCGGCCCCGAGGCGCGAGCCGGACGGUCUGCCGCGGGCAGCAAAGCCGGCGAGGUGACUUUUCAAGGGGAGUGCGCUGCUGCUUCGGUGUCCCAGGGUGCCCAACAUCUCCUUCCCUCAGGACCGGCGUUUCCAAAGGCUUACGAACUGGAGAAACGGACUAACCCUCAAGUAGUUAGCAGUGCUUUAAAAGCGUGCCCAGCGGCACCCGGCAGCGCGCGAGGCCCUUCCUCGUUGGAGGUGCACGGUGGAUUACAGAGGACGAUUGAGGCGGUGAACCCGGGUGCGAUAGUGUUUGCUUCUUCUAUGGACCUUGGUGCUGAAUCGCCUCAGGCUUCUCCGACGAACCCUAUGUUGGCCUUGGCCAAAGAACAGAGAUACCAGAGAGGCUCAGACAGAAGAGGCAGCUGGGGGGCAUUUGAUGUUAAAACUGCUGUUAUUUAUCACACUAAAGAAAUGGAAUUUAUUUUGAACUUGCAAAAACAAGAUCCAAAAAGAAUAAUCACUUACGAUGAAGCCCUGGACCUGCCAGACCAAUGAGGCUGAAGACUGAAGACACUUGACUGUUUUUUUUUUUUUUUGGUUUUUUUUUAUUGUACCUUAUUGCAGCAGUACAGCUGUGUUGGGAAGUUACUCCUUCAGCUGUGCAGUGGAACCUAGAAGAGGAAUCUCACGACAGAUACUAAAAACUACAACGUGUCAUUUAAAAAAUAAGACACACACACACACACACACACACACAAAGCAUUUAAAAACAAAAGGACAAGCACACCGGCUUGAGCUCGCUUCAGACGGUUUAAGGAGUCGUGCACGAAAUGCUUUAACUUUUAAAUACGUGAGCUCUGGUUCCAGUGCAAGGGCUUGUGGUGGAAGCAGAUGGUCUGUUACUUGUGGUUCUGAAAGUACUUGCUGGGGCAGCAGUGCGCCUCCCAGGGAGCUGGUCCGACUUCACAAGAGGAGGGUCUGGGUGGUUCGUGGAGAGACGAGCGACUGACCCGUCCGGCCGAAACGGGAUGCUCCAUCUCUCUUCUUCUCUUUUAAUUUUUUUAUUAUAUAUAUAUAUAUAUAUAUAUAU